AUGGAUCCAAACACUGCCUUUUCUGUUAAGGACUAUGUUAUAUUUGUGGCAACAGUAUUGUUUUCAUUCCUGAUUGGAGUAUUCUUUGCGCUAUGGGAGCGAAAAAAGAAUCACAAUAAUCCGGAGGAGUACUUCUUAGCAGGCCGCAAAUCCAAGCUCCUGCCGGUGACGUUGUCCUUCAUCGUAACUUUCCAAUCGUCCAUCGUGAUGUUGGGAUUUCCAGCAGAGGUGUAUCUCUAUGGUGCUAUCUACGUUUACUUCAUGAUUUCUAUAAUCAUCUCUUUUACUUUCACCGCUUUCUUCAUCGUUCCUGUCUUCUACCCUCUUAAGCUAACGACCGUGUACGAGUACCUAAAUUUGCGAUACGGCGAUAACGUUCUACGCUACGUAACUAUGGUAAUGGGCAUUUUCUACAAUGUAUUCUACAUGAGUACCGUCACAUAUGGCACGUGUGUGGCCCUAGACGUUGUAAUGGGCCUACCUUAUUGGGCGACCAUCGUCAUUUAUACAUCCGUUACUACAAUUUACACCUCCAUCGGCGGAAUAAAGGCAGUCAUUUGGACUGACGUUUUCCAGUUUGUUAUUAUGACAACUGGCAUAUUGGCGGUCACCAUUAAAGGUAUCAUUGAAGUUGGCGGUAUAUCGCAAGUGCACAAAUACAGUGUGAGUCGUAUGAAUUUCAAUCAAUUCGGAUUAGAUCCACGAAUACGUUACACAUUCUGGAAUUUGGGGGUAACAUCUGUUCCUAUGUGGUUGUAUACAGGUUACAUGCAACCGGCGAUGCAAAGAGUAUACUCAACGCCAGAUGUAACGACAGCAAGAAAUAUGUACCUUGUUUCCGUCCCCGUAUACAUACUGAUUUGUCUUGGAACAAUAUUUGAAGGAGUGGUCAUAUUUGCAUACUAUUCAUCAAAAGGAUGUGACAUUUAUAAUAGUGGGAUGAUAGACAAUAUCAACCAGCUUGUACCGUACACGGUGUUGGAGUUUUUCGGAGAACUCCCAGGCCUACCAGGCCUUUUUAUCGCCGCGUUAUCCAGUGCCGCAUUUAGCACACUGUCUUCGUGUCUCAGCUCCCUCUCUGCCAUCGCGUAUGAAGAUAUCUUAAAAGUCCGAAAUCCGAACAUCAGUUCUCAAGUUGCCACGUACAUAUCACGGCUCGUAACUAUUUUGUUCGGACUUAUAGCGCUAGCAGUGACGUUCCUGAUAUCAAAUUUACCUGGCUCAGUGAUCUCACUAUUUUCAAGUUUCGUAGCCUGUAUGGAUGGCCCGACAUGUGCAAUAUUUAUGUUGUCUGCGUUUAGCCGAAGGGUGACGUCAAAGGGUGUGUUAUUCGGAGCUAUAUGUGGGAUGUCCAUAUCUCUAUGGUUGAAUCUUGGCAAGCUAUUCUCUGAUAUUCCUGCAGAUACACCUUUACCAGCAGGUCCAACAGACACUUGUCCGAGUACGUCCAAUUUCAGUUCCCUGGCCUCCGUUAUACCAAACGGGUAUUCGACAACUACCUACUUGCUACUUAACGAAACAUCGACGAAACACGCAACCAACAACCUUUCAGGGUUGCAGGAAUUUUACCGUGUAUCAUAUAUGUACUAUUCUUUUAUAGGGUUUACUGUUUCUUUAGUUAUUGGAUUUUUAGCCAGUUUGUGUUGUGAAGCGCCAAAACGAGUGGACACCAGGUGUCUGUUUGAAUUCCAUAAACAUGUUUUAGGCAAACAGUCAGACAAAGUGAACGAGAGAACAAUUGCAAAUGAAAAUGAGGUGGAAGCGCUAGUGUAA